AUGGAUACUCACACCAACAUCGCAAAGCACGAAGCAUGUGCUCCUCCCAUUGAACCACCUUCAAUUACAUCACUCGCAAGACCAAACAAAAUAUGGACCCUCAAAGCGGUUGCCCUGACCCUCGAACGAUACGAACCAGCACACAGCAAUGCCCUCAUCUCCCUCCUGACAUCUAUGCUCAAAGGCCUACAAGAAAUACAAAGUGUAUCCCCGCGCUUCGCAAUACAAAUUUGCUCGGCCGUACCAAUAAAUCCAUGGGCACCGGUGUCUUUACCCGACUGUCGUAUCACAAUCAGCCUCGGUGAAGAACUCCCCGCACCUAUUAUCGAAGCCGACGAGACCAACCAAGCCGCGAGGGAAAGGAUGUACCAGAUACUGGUGGGCGAUCGGUUGAAUAAUCCCAAAGAUUCGACGACGAUAAACGAGUUCAAAGCGCUGGGAACAAGAGGCCUGCACCGGAAGAGGAUUUUAAUGAGGAGGCUACGGUGGUUAAGGGUCUACGAACAAAGGAUGGGCUACACGGAAAGGGAGGAUCAACUCGAAUGGCCUUUAUUAAAGGCGUUAGAGGAAGGAUUGCAAAAGGAACUUGACAGCAUCGACGCUUUGCUCGCAAAAGUUGCUGAUGCGACGGGAGUGGGGAAAUGGGUUUAUUGGUUGCGCUCAGAUCAGUAA